GUAAUUUGGGUUGUGUGAAAACUUCUUUGGGCCUCAUAAACAACCACAGAACCACAAGUUGGGUAGCCUGGCAGAGUCAGAAGUCUGAGCCCGGCAUAGUGGUCAGCAGGCGGGACGAAUCACACUGAAUGCAAACCACAGGGUUUCGUAGAGUGGUAGAUCAUUGAACUCCCCGCCUUGCGAAGAGGGUGCGUUUUCACAAGGAAGCAAUGGCUUCAGACAGCAUAUUUGACUCAUUUCCUUCGUACCCACAGUGCUUCAUGAGAGAUGCCAGCACGAGCCGCCGCUUCACGCCGCCUUCCACCGCGCUGAGCCCGGGCAAGAUGAGCGAGGCGCUGCCGCUGGGCGCCCCGGAUGCCGGCGCCGCCCUGGCCGGGAAGCUGAGAAGCGGCGACCGCAGCAUGGUGGAGGUGCUGGCCGACCACCCCGGAGAGCUGGUGCGCACCGACAGCCCCAACUUCCUCUGCUCUGUGCUGCCCACGCACUGGCGCUGCAACAAGACCCUGCCCAUUGCUUUCAAGGUGGUGGCUUUGGGGGAAGUUCCGGAUGGUACUCUGGUCACGGUGAUGGCCGGCAAUGAUGAAAACUACUCAGCUGAGCUCCGAAAUGCUACCGCGGCCAUGAAGAACCAAGUCGCAAGAUUCAAUGACCUCAGGUUUGUCGGUCGGAGUGGGAGAGGGAAGAGCUUCACUCUGACCAUCACUGUCUUCACAAACCCUCCGCAAGUUGCCACCUACCACAGAGCCAUCAAAAUCACAGUGGAUGGACCCCGAGAACCCCGGAGACAUCGUCAGAAACUAGAUGAUCAGACCAAGCCGGGGAGCUUGUCCUUUUCCGAGCGGCUCAGUGAACUGGAGCAGCUGCGGCGCACGGCCAUGAGGGUCAGCCCGCACCACCCAGCCCCCACGCCCAACCCUCGCGUGAACCACUCCACUGCCUUUAACCCUCAGCCUCAGAGCCAGAUGCAGGAUACUAGGCAGAUCCAGCCAUCCCCACCAUGGUCCUACGAUCAGUCCUACCAAUACCUGGGAUCCAUCACCACUCCUUCCGUACAUCCCGCAACACCCAUUUCGCCUGGACGUGCCAGUGGCAUGACAAGCCUCUCUGCAGAACUUUCUAGUCGGCUCUCAACUGCUCCUGACCUGACGGCCUUCGGCGACCCCCGCCAGUUCACUGCGCUGCCCUCCAUCUCCGACCCUCGCAUGCACUACCCCGGCGCCUUCACCUACUCCCCAACGCCAGUCACGUCGGGCAUUGGCAUCGGCAUGUCGGCCAUGAGCUCGGCCACGCGCUACCACACGUACCUGCCGCCGCCCUACCCCGGCUCGUCGCAGGCGCAGGGCGGCCCCUUCCAGGCCAGCUCCCCUUCCUACCACCUGUACUACGGGGCCUCGGCGGGCUCCUACCAGUUCUCCAUGGUGGGCGGCGAGCGGUCGCCGCCGCGCAUCCUGCCGCCCUGCACCAACGCCUCCACGGGCUCGGCGCUGCUCAACCCCAGCCUCCCCAACCAGAGCGACGUGGUGGAGGCCGAGGGCAGCCACAGCAACUCGCCCACCAACAUGGCGCCCGCCGCGCGCCUGGAGGAGGCCGUGUGGCGGCCCUACUGAGCCUGCGCGGGCCGGGACGUCCUCCGGCACCCAGCCGGCACCGGCCGGCCUCGGCCUCCUCCUGUGCUUCCGAAGCCACGCAGUUCGCUCCGUUGUCGGCCAGCCCGCCCAUCUUUCCGGCGGGAAACGACGCGAGGGUGUCCACAGCGCCACCGCCACGUGGGCACGUUGUAAGGCAAACAGGAUGAUUCCCAGAGGGAAACUGUGAAUGCUUCUGAUUUAGCAAUGCUGUGAAUAAAAGAAAGAUUUUAUACCCUUGACUUUUUAACCAAGUUGUCUAUUCCAGAGAGUGGAAUUUUAGGAUUUUUUUUUUUUUUUUUUUUUUGGUGGGGUGGGAGGGUGGGGACGGGAGCGGGGAGGACACAGCGCAUCUUGUUUGGCGUCUCUUUUAUUUCUGAUUUUCUUUUCUGCACCUUAUAAAUUGCAAAAUGCGUAUUUGCAUCUGGACGGUUUUUGUUUUUACAUAUAUAUAAAAAUUUGAGCUUGCUUCUUUCUUGCUUUGACAAUUGAGAAAUAGAAUUCCCAUUUCUAUAAGUUUUUAUUUAACUUCUCUUUGGAACUUUUGUGUAGUUUUAUUUUUUAUGUUUUUGAGACAGCUACAGCUUUGGGUCAUUUUUUUAACUACUGUAUUCCCACGAGGAAUCCCUAGAUAUUUAUGUAUCUUAAUAUUCAGACAGUUACUUAUGUGUUGAUACUUUUUUAAUUAUUUAAAUGUACUUAUAUUAAGAAAAAUAUCAAGUACUUUUUGUAUAGUAGCCAAAGUUAAAUAUAUCACAUUGAAGAAGGCUGGAGGAAAAAAAAAAAUGGGUAAUGUGAUCACUUGGUUAUCUAGAAAUAUUGUUUACAUUAAACUCCCUUUCAUGUUAAUUAAACAAGUUGGUAGCUCAUGCAGCAAUGUUUUAAAUAGGAUUUUAGAAACUGAGGGCCACUCCAAGGAUCAAAACUACAGAAUUUUCUGCUAGGCUCAACAAAGGGUCUCAGAUCUGGCUUUCUCCCUUCAAACACAUGCUCAACUCCGGUCCCAGAAGACUCAGACAGGUGCCAGUGAUUACACCUCUGGAAAGGGUUUAAUUUCUGCCUAGAGGUAUGCUUAUAACAUGGCCUGGUAAUUUCAGACAUGCUUUGUAGCAGAACACAUCCAGUGUAAGCUGUGUGGAGGAGCAGUAUUUACAUAGGAACCAAAUGAUGAAUUUAGGAAUUCCUUAACCUUUCAAUCCUGGGGGAGCAAGAAAAUAUUUCUCUUUGAUAUAACAUCCAUUCAUUGAUGCAGAACAAAACUUCUAGCCAUCCCCCCAAAGUGGGAGUAAAAGGGGGGGACAAGAUCAAGUAACAUUGAGGGCUGAAAGAAUCCAGCUGAAUUUUUCAGAGAGCCAGUCCAAAAGCAGGCCUCAAAGAGCUGAUUUCUGCCUGCCUGGAUGGAAUCGCAUGGGAGAACAUGGUCCCACCUGUGUCGGAAACCCCGUGCCAACCGCUGAACAACACCUUUGUUUUGGCUUCGACCAGGCUGAGACCCUACCCUAGGGGUGCGUGCACUUUCAUCUAUGUGCACCAGCAUGACAGGAAAGAUUCAUGUCACUGCUGCCCAUGUAUACAGUUCAAGUAUAUCCAAUGUCACUGUAAAUUUUAUGGCACUAUUUUUAUUGGAGGACUUGGUCAGAAUGCAGUUUUGUACAACUCGUAAAUACUGCUGAUUUUGACAUAUAUAUGCUCUAAAUGAUCUGGUUAUUUAACGUACCUCUUAAAUUAGUUGAAACAAUUUCAGGUCAACUCUGAAGAGUGUUUGAAAGCAGGACUUCAGAACAGUGUUUGAUUUUUAUUUUAUAAAUUUAAGCAUUCAAAUUAGAUCUUUGGCUGCAGGCAGCAAAACAGCUGGACUUAUUUAAAAACAACUUGUUUUUGAGUUUUAUAUAUAUAUAUUUUGAUUAUUUGUUUUACAUAGAUGCAGUAGCACUUUGGUAAGAGAGAGUAAAGCAGCUUGUGAUGUCAGGUUCUUAUCUAGAGAAGAACUAUAACAUCUUACAGAAACUCAGAAUAUACUCAUUUGUGUUGUAGAAAUAACUCCCUCCACAAUCAAGUUUCAUAAGUUAUUCCAUAUUAUAUUUUGCAGCUAAACUACAACAAGUGUCAGAAAAAUUAAAAAUGUAAUUUUUAAAAUUUCAUUUCCCUCAAAUUAAUUUAGAUACUUUUCAGCCCAUUACCAUAUCUGACCAGAGCAAAGUACUGGGGAAAGAUGAAGCAAAAGUGUAUAUUUUUCACCUUAAUUCUCGUAGCGAAAGAUAUUCCAAGUGAAAACCAGCCUAAUACCCUAAGCAGGAAGCAAAAUAAUCUCUCACAUCUCAAAGCCUUUAUGGAGAGGGCUUGUCACUUUGUUAAAGACCCACUGGUUUGGCAGUUCAGAAUUUCACAGACCCUUAGCAACAUGUAUAGUUUUUAAUCAUUUCAGGAAAAAAAUUCAAACUGUAAUUAUUUUGGAGGUAGUUUUCACACAUUUUUCUCACUAAGGAAGUAUAUUCAUUGCCUUCAGGUAAAUUGAUGUGUCUGUUUAUUUGUUGCUUCCAGGUAAAUUAAGGUAUCAGCAAGAUUCUUAGUCAUGUAAUAACUGGCUGUAUCUAGGAGUUUUGGUUUAGCAAAAGAAAGAUUGAAUAAGCCAUUUGUACUGCUUAUUCAUAUGUUCUAACACAGGCACAUACUUUACUUCGUGCUGUCUUUCUAUUUGAAGAUACAUUUUCCUCUCUCUCUGCUGCACCUCCGCUAUCUCCCUCUUUCCUGACUUCCUCCUCCAAACUCCUCCUUCUGUGUUCCUGUGUUCCCCAUUCUCUGUAAGGAGAUAGCACACACCCAUCCCAUACCAAAUGUCCAGAACACAAGGAGGUCCAGUUCUUCUCCCUUUGCAUCAAGAACAGGGUGAGUCAGCCUUUCUCCUGCUUAUGGGUUUCUUCCAGCAGAACAGAGAUGCUGCCAACCGUUUUGGAUCUGCUUGCUAUCCAAAUGCAGCAACAGAACCUUCCUGGGCAAAUUAUAAUCAGUGAGUAAAUAGCCUUUCUGCUGCCUAUGGUUUCUGUGCAGAUAAACAGAAAUGCUCUGAUUGGAAAGGAAAUGAAUGGUUUCACUCAAAUGUCCUGCAAUUAAGGAUUGCAGAUUUCUGUCUAGAAAUACCUGUUUCUUUGGGACAUUCCGUCCUGGUGGGGUUUUGUUUUUGUUUUUUAUUUUGAUGGUUUUGUUUUUUGGAGAAUGACAUAUUUUGAGUCUUUUAUACAUGAAAAAUAGAUUGACAGUAAUCUCAGAAAAGUUUUUUACAUCUGAGCAAAGUACCAUUUUGUUUACCCUAGAGUAUACAUUUGCUUGGGUUUUCAUUUGAUUUGUUUAUUCAUUGGGAAUUUUCUCCCCUCCCUUCAGCCAGGUCAGUAUUGAUAAAGCUGAUCCUUUGGCUUUUUUUCCCCUUCCAGAAGGGUUGCAUCAACAAAAUUAAUUGUAUUUAUGUAUGUAAAUAGAUUUUAAGCUUCAUUAUAAAAUAUUGUUAAUGCCUGUAAUAACUUUUUUCAAUUUUUAUGUGUUUCAAAGGAUUUUUCUUAUGUUUGCUAAAUACUGUAGAAAAAAAUGCUUCUUUCUACUUUAUUUUAGACUUAAAAAUGAGCUACUUACUCACUUUUGUAAACAGCUAUAGCAUGGUUCCAAUUUUUUUAAGUUCACCUUUUGUUCUAAGGGAAAUGAAUGUGCAAAAAACAAAAAGAACUGUUGGUUAUAUGUGUUAUUCUGGAUGUAUAAAAAUCAGUGGAAAGAAUAAACUUCCAAAUUGAAA